CCCUAAUAAUAACCUAAGAAAACCUAAACCCCUCGUUGGUGGUAGCGGCUGUGACAGACUCAGAGGCGGAGCAAGGAGAAUGGGAAGGUCGAGAAGAAAGUACAAGCAAUCGAGAACCAAGGUCCGUGUGGGACUCCCUAAGAAGAACCCUAGGCUUUUCAAACCCUCUUUCUCCGUUCCACCCAAGCUCUUGCGAACCCUCGCCGAAGAGCCCCAAUGGGACGACCAAGGCACCGUUAACAGCAACUACUCCUCCUUCGGCGUUCUCUCCGACCCUAACUCCCUCACCGAGCCUUCUCCCGAUCCUCAAACCUUCGAUUCCGGCAGCGAUCUCGAAGAAGACGACUUGAAAUCAGCCCUAGGAAAGAAGCGAAGGGAUGGGAGAAGCGCGCCGCCUCAGCCUCUGACUGCAAUGCAACGGAUUCAUAUUAGUCGCCUUGUCGAUAAAUACGGAAAUGAUUAUCAGAGUAUGUUGAUGGAUAUAAAGCUGAAUCCGAUGCAGCAUUCAAUUGGAACUUUGCAGAAGCUAUGCAUGAGGUAUCAUAUAUACCAAAACAAGAACCCUCUCCUUAAGGCCAAAUGAAGUGGGAGCUUAAUUAAUUAAUCCAUUGACGGAACAGUUGCACGUGGAGGCCCAAAUUUUUGUCACAGUGAGGAUGUGUUUCUCUACCAUGUGUCAUCGUUGAGAAAUUUUGUUAAUGCUUUUGAAUCUAUGAAUUAUAUUAUGGGGAUUUUUGGUUGUGGUAGAUGAGGCAUUCUGGACUUCUGGUCUUCCUACACCUGCUGCCACCAAGAUUAUGUAGCAUUUUUACAUGCAUGCACUUUUGGAAUUCUAAAGUAAUUAUUAUAAAAUUGACAAAUUUAUUAUAUAAACUCUCGUUCUAUA